UUGGAACUCGGGACAUAAAAACCAAAACCUCACGACCUCAUCACAGGCAGGAGCUUUAGAGCUAAUAAAAAUGGCUCUUAAACUCAACGUUAUGACCCCUCCUUCCUUCGCACAAUUGGGAUCAACUAGCACUAGAUAUGUCGUAGCAAGGACUACUCCAAGCAGCCACCGACCGACUUGGCGCAUUAGAUGUGUCGCCAACGUUCAAACCCAGGAGGAUUCAGAGGCCGCUAGGAAAGCCGGAACAUACACACCCACCAUCUGGGACUACGACUUCGUGGAGUCAUUAAAGAGUGACUAUGCGAGUGAGACAUAUGCAACACGAGCCGACAAGCUAAAACAAGAUGUAAGGAGUAGGCUCGUUGUGACAGUGGAUCCAUUGGCUCGCCUCAAGCUCAUCGAUGUCUUGGAAAGGCUUGGGGUUGGCUAUCUCUUUGAGAAGGAGAUCCAAGAAGCUCUACAAGCUGUCUACAGUGAGAGCAGUAAGCAGAUCAUGAAGGAGGACUUGUAUGCGACGGCCCUCCAUUUUAGGAUCCUUAGACAACAUGGCCACGAGGUUCCCCAAGACGUAUUUAAUGAGUUCAUAGAUGAGAAAGGCAAAUUCAAGGAAAGCCUAUCCCAAGAUGUUCAGGGAUUGCUGAGCUUGUACGAAGCCUCGUACCUCGGUGCAGAAGGUGAGAGCAUAUUGGAUGAGGCGAGAGAGUUCACGAAAGGGCAUCUCAAACAUCUCAAGGAGAAUGUAGACUCACGUCUCGCCAAACAACUGAGUCAUGCCUUGGAGAUCCCCUUGCAAUGGAGGAUGCUUAGGCCAGAAAAUAGGUGGUUUAUUGAAGUUUAUGAGGAGCAAGAGGAUAUGGAUCCUACUGUGCUUGAAUUGGCUAAGCUGGAUUUCAACAUGGUGCAAGCAGUACACCAAAGAGAUUUAAGAACUGCCUCAAGGUGGUGGAGAAAUCUUGGUUUAGCACAGAAGCUGAGCUUCGCCAGAGAUCGAUUGGUGGAGAGUUUCUUGUGGAGUGCUGGGGUUACCUAUGAACCCCAGUAUCGACGUUGCAGGAAUUGGCUUACCAAAGUCAUGAAAUUUGUGCUGGUAUUAGACGAUAUCUACGAUGUCUACGGUUCUUUGGAGGAGUUGGAGAUCUUUACUGAUGCUGUUGAGAGGUGGGAUACGGCAGCAAUGGCACAACUUCCAGACUACAUGAAGAUGUCCUUCUUGGCUCUUUUCAACACCACCAAUGAAAUGGCCUACGAAAUUCUCAAAGAACAGGGCUGGGACAUCCUACCAUAUUUGAGAAAAGCGUGGGCAGGUUUUAUUAAAGCGAUGUUCCAGGAGGCAAAAUGGUACCACAAGAAUUCCACACCUCCGGUUGAAGAUUAUUUGAAGAAUGGAUGGGUUUCAUCAUCUGGAACUGUGUUUCUAGUCCACGCGUUUUUUGCAACUGGACAGGAGAUCAACAAGGAUGUGCUCGACUACUUGGAGAAUACCCCAGAUCUUAUUUAUGGUCCAUCCAUGAUUUUUAGACUUUCAAACGAUCUUGCAACUUCAUCAGCGGAGCUUGAGAGAGGUGACGUUUCAUCGUCAAUCCACUGUUACAUGGUACAACACAAUGCUUCAGAGCAAGUGGCUCGGGAAUACAUUAGAGGUCUAACGCUAGACGUUUGGAAGAAGAUGAACAAAUCUAUCAGCAAUUCUCCUUUCUCGCUCCAAUUCGUUAACUUCUGUCUAAAUCUCGCCCGGACAUCUCUUUGCAUUUACCAAUACGGAGAUGGGCUGGGAGCUGAAAGCAACAAAAGCAAGGACCAUGUCUUGUCGUUGAUAAUCCAACCUCUUGGGAUUGAAAGCCACAAAGCACCUGUAAAUGGUAGUUUUCUUUCAGUCUCGUAGUUGUGUGCUUCAACACAGUUCUGUCCUGUUGUACUCGCCACAUAUAUAGAACCUAGCUUGAGCUACAUGAACUCAAGAUCUCCCCAUAUAAAUGUAAGCUAAAUGUUUACGGUAAAGCAAUUAAUCAAUAGUUUGACGGCAAUUACUGAAGUUAUUUAUACAUUACUAUCA